AUGAGAGCACACCGCAUUGCAGUAUUUAUGGUGUGGACUCUCGCCAUCAUUGUUUCCACGAUGACGAUCGUGCCGAUUUACCUACUAUCAAAAAAACACGCAUGGUGUAUUUGGGUGUCGUUUCCAUUGACUUAUCUAGUAAUAGUUUGUUGCUGUAACAUAGGCAUUUGGAGAAAGUGUCAAAAGCAACGCUUCGCUUUACAAAUCGGGCAAUUCAGUGCCACAAAAAACAAACGUUUAACGAAAACGUUGCUGUUAGUUUCUUUCAUUGCCGUUGUGUCCUGGCUCCCUUUGGUGAUAAACAACUAUCUAAUAUUUUUUCAGAAGUUGAAUUUUCGUCGAAGUUAUCUUGUUAAUGGCAUCGUAGAUAUUCUUGAUUAUUCUAACUCUUUCUUAAACCCAGUCGUUUAUGCACUGAGAAUCCCUGAGUUCAGAAAGUCACUGUUUUCGUGUUGCUCGCGACGUCAAGCUGUAACUAAGAGAGAGGCUAGUGAAUUAGAACCCAGAGGAAGAGUCAACAUGGCUGCCGUUUCGCCGCCGGUGAUGCAGUUAAGAGCAUUACCAACUCAUCCCAGUUACCCAUUCCAAGCUUUGGACCAGAGCUCUAUGAACACGUGCAGGAGGCUGUGAUCAACCAUGAACAGUCGCCAUGAAAAGACAUUCUUUAAUAAUUUUUACCAGGAAAAUACUACUGUUACUAGAUACAAAAAUUGUAAUUACUUUGCUUCCGGAAUCUUUGACUUUGGAAUCUGCAAUCCAGCUCAGGGAAUGACUGGAAUAUCCGAAGUACCAUUGACAAGGAAUCCUGGAUCCAGUACCUAGAAUCCGGAAUACACAUCGUAGAGUCCAUGAUCCAAGACUGUCUUGGAUUCUCUUACACUCGGGCGUAUGUUUUCUCAUCGGAUGUACAAGGAGCGCGGGCGCAAGGGAAGAAACAAGCUCCGUCAUUUCCCUCGGCUGUUACUCAGAUUCAAUCCUCUGUUAUCCUGUCACAUUCCAUAAGCAUGCGCACUACUAAGAGCCUCCAGCACCCCCCUUCCCCUACCCACAAUUUUCUGGAUGUACACCCUGAUCGGCCACGCCCAGGCACAAUGGCCGGGCGUAUUUCAACUGUGUUAAGCGAAGCGCAUUUGGUAAACAGAACACUCGUCGAAAAUCUUUUAUUUGAAGAAACGCACGGGAUAAGUUAUUGCCAAUAUAUUUUAGGAGGACCCUUCUGUAAACCACUUUAGGGUGAAGGAGGCAUCUUUAAUAAAGAUUGUCAUUAUAUUUUUUAUUAUAAUGAAAGCUCUGCAUUACCAGCUGGCCUUAUAAAAUUAUAACAAUAUAAUUUUUUCCUGUUUUUAUGCUAUCAAAAACCUGCUUUGCCUGAAUAUUUAACCAAAUUUGGCCUUGAUGUUCGUUUUCUCUGUACCGAUUCAUGUGACAAAGGUGAACUCCCAGUAUUUCUUCAGUUUCUGCUGAGUUAGUAUAUUUCCAGUUGGUGUUUUUAAAGCUGAUGCCCACGUCAUCAAACCUUAAAUUAACUUAAAGUUUGUUUUUGCAAGCAAACAGCGAACCCUAAUAAAAGCGUUUGACACGUUUUCUUUGACAUAUGUUGUUGUUCGUCUGAUCAGAAUAAAAAAGCCAGUUCGAUUUAAAGCCGCCAUAAAUGGUAGGAUCUGUUAUCAUAUUGACACAAGUAAGCACAAAAAAUAUGAAGAUCAUGCAGACUGAAAGCGGACAUUAAAAAAGUAAGGAAAGAGACCUUGUUUAAAUGCAAAUGAAUCUCUUGACAAAAUUAUGAAAAAUUAGAUGCUUUCGACUAAACCUAAGAGACAUUUUUUUUUUUGCGAAAAAGCAAAAAGGAAAACAAAACAAGCUCUACAAUUAGUUUAAAGUUUGACACCAGGUUAAGCGAAAUUUGAAGUAAGAAUCUGUAUUCUUACUCAAAGGAGCGGUGCCUUGUAAUAUUAUUCUACUAAAGCGGGUGGCAUUUUAGAGCUGACAGACUUGAAGAAAAUUUGCCAAGCAAAUAGAUACCUGUAAAUGUAUUACAUGUAACCAUGAACUAAUCAUUUUCUUGUGUCUACGUUUAAUUUCGUGACGUUUCAUUUGAAAACGGGAGUUGCUCAAGUUGUCGCUGCAUGUGAGUACGUGGAAACGGAGUUAUUGCGAUUAUAGAGCUGAGUAUAUGUAUAUUUUGGUUCGUUAGAAUAAGGCAUAGACAUAUCGAAUAUAAUGAGGAAGAAAAACCUCAUUUCAUCACUCAGUUAGUGUUCUGUUGCAUCAUUGUUAAUUAAGUCAUUGCACCACUGAAGUUUCCCGCUUCAAGCCAAUUCUUUUUCUACUCCAAAACAAGCUUCUUUUUCCCUGGUAUUUUGAUUGUAUCGAGACUCAAAUGGAAAACAUAUCCACUUCUACAAGCUCGAACAGUUCACUACCAUCGCCAUCCUCGAGGCUCCGAGUAGAUGGAAUUGCACUUUGCAGCGUCUACCUGUUUGAAUCUGUCUUAAUUGUCGGGGGAAACUUGCUUACAAUUGUUUUUUUCGCAAUGAAAAGGAACCUUCGCAAGAAAAGUUUGCAUCUAGUUAUAAACAUGGCGUUUGCUGAUACCAUGUUAGGGGCUGUUUCUGUGCCCAUGUAUACAUACCUAUUUGUUGGGCCUUUCUUUUAUCUAUGGCCUUCUAGAGCAUCUUUGAAACCUUUUUAUUUCAUCUGGGAUACUAUUUUCUCACAGGCCUCGCUAAUGUCUGCAGUUUUUAUAUCCUGUGAAAGAUUUUUCGCAGUCUUUUGGCCACUGAAGCACAAAACUCUAUCGAUGAGAGCACACCGCAUUGCAAUAUUUAUGGUGUGGACUCUCGCCAUUAUUGUUUCCUCGAUGACGGUCACACCAAUUUACCUUCUUUCAAGCAAACACGCUUUCUAUCUUUGGGUGUCAUUCCCUUUGACUUGUCUAGCCAUAGUUUGUUGCUGUAACAUUGGUAUUUGGAGAAAGUUUCAACAGCUACACAUCGCUUUACAACCCGGGCAAAUCAGAUCCACAAAAAACAAAUGCAUAACAAAAACGUUGCUGUUUGUAUCCGUCAUUGCUGUUACGUCGUGGCUGCCUUUGGUGAUAAACAACUAUCUAAACCUUGUCGAGAAGUUGACUUUACGACGAGGAUAUCUGUUUAACUUCAUCGUAGUUAUUCUUAAUUUUUCUAACUCUUUUUUAAAUCCAGUCGUUUAUGCAUUGAGAAUCCCUGAGUUCAGACAGUCACUGUUUUCGUGU